AUGACUUUAGCCAACAGUAAUCUAAUAGAGGCUUUGCUCUCUCCAGACAUGGCAGCCUACAGACCCUCCUAUCGACUGGAUGGCAGAUUUAGAAAGAUGUACAGGAGUUUCAACACUUAUGUCAGGAUUUGUCAUUUUUGUUGGGAGAGAUCCAUUAACAUCAAACCUUUUCCUCCAAAAGAAAAUCAGCUGCACACACCUUUGGAUGACAACAUGAUCAGAUUCUCUUGUAAUGAUAUAGCUCAUCAGGAUAAAAAAUGGCAGCAUUACAAAGUUUCCUCUGAAUGCACUAUCAGAAUCGGUAGAGUUGAUAUUGUUAAAUCUAUAAGGCUGUCAAUUCUAGAAAAACAAAAAACAUCUGUGUUAUGUUUCAAUAACCUAUCACAAACUACCUUUAAAUAUAAUUCCAUAUUUUUUGUUAAUUUGAGACAUUUCUGUACUAGUGAGUUCAGAGUUAAUAAAGACAAGAUUGGAGAGGAAGCAGAGGUCAAGGGUCAUCGUGGGAGUGUUAAACCUUUUGUUAAUGAAUGUGACCUUUUAACAGCUGUGAAUGAUGGUGACAACAGUCCAAACUGUAAUACAGAUCAGUAUAGUGACCUUCUGAAGAGUCCACUGCCAGCUUCUCCAGACAACACUGAACCUCUAGACAGUUAUACAGAUCAGUAUAGUGACCUUCUGAAGAGUCCACUGCCAGCUUCUCCAGACAACACCAAACCUCUAGACAGUUAUACAGAUCAGUAUAGUGACCUUCUGAAGAGUCCACUGCCAGCUUCUCCAGACAACACUGAACCUCUAGACAGUUAUACAGAUCAGUAUAGUGACCUUCUGAAGAGUCCACUGCCAGCUUCUCCAGACAACACCAAACCUCUAGACAGUUAUACAGAUCAGUAUAGUGACCUUCUGAAGAGUCCACUGCCAGCUUCUCCAUUUAUUAUUGAUUCCUAUAAUUUGGCACCUUUUGUGCCAAAGUCGGAUGUACUUAAGUAUCUGGUGCAAUUGAAUGUGAAUCUUGGAAAGGUGGAAACAAUACAACAUGCUUCAAAUAGCCUUGUGAAGCUAAACCUGGAGCAGGAUGUGAUGCCUGUGAUGGUAUACCUGAAGGAAGCUGGGAUACCCGAUGUCAAAUUUGGAAAAAUCAUUGGUUGCUAUCCUUUCAUAUUUGAGUAUUUUGAUGAUGCAAAGUUGGUGAUGGAAUUUUUUAAAUACAAGAAAUUCAAGAAGGAUUCCAUCGCAAAGAUGGUUGCUGGAGCACCAAACAUUCUUGGACUAAAAGCCGUAACAAUUGACACAAGAAUUGGUGUAUACCAAAACUACUUUGAUCUUACUGGUAACCAGACAAGGAAUGUCAUGACAAGGGUCCCACGAAUACUGCUGAAUAAAACGGAUGUUUUAAAGAGACUUUCUUGUCUGAGAAACACAAGGGAAUAA